AUGCCGCCUCUUGCUGUUGCCUCACAAAUCCUCCAGGUCCCCAGAGAUGUGUCUUCUCCCAGUAAUUCCACAGAAAUUGGCCUCGAAGUCGUCUGUGCGUGGCCAGUGUCCGGCCAGUACGGGCCUGGUACAAGGGUCCUAUACUACGUCCUCAUCGCCGCUUGCGUAUUCGCACGAAAGGAAGAGUGGCUGAGAAAUGCCUGUCUUGCCGGUGCCCUUCUCUUCCCGGCAAUCGCUGCCGUUCAUGGGAUCGUCCUGGCCGCAAUACACGUUGAUGGUGCGAUUGAUAUGGAUGUAUACGGAGCCUUCCAGCUGUGCUCGAUUGGGAUCCUGACUGCUCCCCUUACUGCAAGGAUGUCCGGGACAUACUUCAAGGACCCGCGGCGGAAUAUCAUUUUUCUGUGGACUGGUCUUGUUCUUGCUGGACUGCUGAGUAUCACUGUCGAGCUCUUUCGUGUCGAGACUUCGAGGUGCACUCAGGACGAGGCCGGAAAUCCAAUAUCCAGCGAUGUAUCCCAGUUCCCCUACGAGGGCACCAAGUGUAGCUUGCGCUGUUCACCUGAGGAAGGCCCCUUUUCACCCAUACGACUCGGAGCAACGGACGAAAUAUUCGUGAUUCCCGCACCCAAGAAGCUCACGUUCGGCGCUGCGACACUGCUGGCCGCGGCCUGUUGCAUUCCCGCCAUUAUAUCCAUGCUAUAUUUCUGGUCCUUGAUUCUCCAAGAGACCUGGAACAACCGCGUCAACGGCGAGACAGAGUCAGACCCACGCGAUGAGCCCAUUGACGGUACAAACGGGGCCACCGUGGGAAAGAUGCUGCAAAUAAACGGCCUGGUACGGACGGUUCUGAGCACAGUGGAAGCCCCAGUAUUCGCGGCAGCAGUUCUGGCAAUUUUAAUUCUGGGAGAAAAGAACUUCUUCAGUAAACCGGUAGACCAUGGAACCGAGCCCAUCGCCAGCAUUGGCCAGUGGGCACCGAUUGUAGGCGCCGGCUUUGCAAUAUUCGGUUCCUUGUAUCUCUUCCUUACUGCCGACGAUAGAGAGCAAGGCCCUGCAUGUAAAUGCACUUGCCAUAAUGUGGAAGGCGUAAAGCGACAGUCGAUUCCUGCUACCGAAAAUGAAUCAGAUUCCGGCAGGACGACAACGACCCCCGAGCCUGCCCAUACCCACCCUGCUCGACGUGAAACCGAUGAUAUUGGCAACCGACGUGGAAUCAACCGAGCCCUCAUCCGCUUCGCAACAACCCUGAGUAUCGCUGCCCACGAUCGUCUCACAGACUACGACUUCCGGAUAGGCCGCGCCCAGGACUUCCCUGAGAUCCCGGCCGAGCCGCAGCGAAACAAGACACUACAGCAGAUACGCGACCAGUAUAACCCCAGAAGAGAUUCAAAUGGUAACCUCACUCUCUCCCGUGUUGGUUCAACCAUCAGUAUGUCCUCGUGGCGGGACGGUGAACGCAGCUCGACAACAUCGCAAGGCAUUUCACCGCGGUCUUCCAGGGCGUCGACGCGCUCGCGGUCUCCCUCUCCAUUCCCACCGUCCUCUCGACGAGACGAAGACGCUGGCCCAGCAGAUAGCCACUGUGGCCUUGAUCCUCUUGCUCAACCCCGACGGCGCCGGGAUACGUUGGAGGUCCCUCAUCAGCAUGGUUCUUCAAGACGCAGUCCUUCAGCAUCAUCGGUAUCCACUGCAGGGGUUGCGAUACCAGGAGGACAGGGCUCUCCAGCCAUAGUCAUAUCAACCGGAGACGAAGUACCGGCUUCCGUCUUUGAUUCAUCGGAGUCUGAUCAAUCGGACUCACUGGGGGGAAGUAAAUAUGGGCGGCGGUCUACAUCAUAG